GUCUCAGGCGGUCUGACGGACUCUCGAGUCUCGUGUAUAAAACGCGUGGGAUUACUAGGAUUGUAGAACACGAGAAAGAUUGAUGAAGAUAUGUGUGGUCGGAUUUGUUGCUCAUUGGACGCAGACACUUUGUGUUGUGCGUGCGGAUAUAAGGAUGCCAGUGGUCAACAACGUAAAUUGACAUGGGUUAAAACUGAAUUAAAAUAUGAUCCGUCAUAUAACAUGUGCCCACGAGACGUUCUACCCUGCAUAGCAUCUGGCUCACAUUUUGAUGGAGAAAAAGAGGAAAGGGUCCUUUGCGCCAUGACAUGGGGGAUGAUUCCACCUUGGUAUCAGGGAGAUUACAAGAAACGUCCAAACAAGAUAUCCACUCACAACGGUCGUUUGGAAAGUAUACAGACCUCAACAGUAUAUUCUCCAUCGUUGCAAAAGCAGCAGAGAUGCAUCGUGGUCUGUGAGGGUUUCUACGAGUGGAAGUCCGGUACAGAUAACAAAGUUCGAAAGCAACCAUACUACAUUUACGCGGCUCAAGAUAAAGAUACAAAAGCAGAUGAUCCUACAACAUGGACAAAUGAAUUUUCCGAGGCAGGCGGAUGGAAAGGUUUCAAAGUAUUGAAACUGGCUGGGAUAUUUGGGGCAUAUAAAACUGAGGAGGGGAACAUUAUACAUAGCUGCACCGUCAUUACAAGAGAGAGUAACAAGGUAUUGUCUUGGCUGCAUCAUCGUAUGCCUGUGUGUCUAAGCAACGAGGAAGAAUGCCAAGUAUGGUUAAGUAAAAAUUUAUCGACAGAUGUGGCUGUUAAAACGUUAAAUGAUAUGAUAUUACAAGAAACUGCUCUAAACUGGCAUCCGGUAUCUGUUACCGUCAAUAAUGGGUUUAAUAAAACUAGUGAUUGUAGAAAAAAGAUAAAACCAAAGGAGAUUGGUCAAGCAUCUUUUAUGACUUCUUGGCUGCAAAAGGGAUCAGCUGCUUCAAAUAAAAGAAAAAGUACAGAUGAUAAAGACACAAGCAACGAAGAAGACAAGAAUAUCUCAAAAAUUCGAAAAGAAAAUUAAAUUGGCGAUUAAAUAUUUAUAUAAAUAAUUUAUUGUUUUAUUCAGUAUCUAAAAUAUGCUGCAAGCAGUAUAUCUUGUGAAAUUUGUACAUACAUAUAAUUAUUAAUUUAACAUUCAUAACAAUUAUACUUUAACUAAAAUUGAUUUAAUAUAUCAUCAUAGAAACUCAGGAAACAACUACCUCUUAGAAUUAUAUCGUAUCAUAUAUAUAUAUUUUUUAAUAAUUGUAUUUUGGAAAUAAAAUAUUGUUCUUUGUGAAAUAUUCCACAUUUAAA